AUGGUCACGGCCGCCCCUCCAGCCAGCCCUCCGAUCGCCGCCGCCACCGCCGCCGCCGGAGAGGCCGCCACCGCGCCUGCGCGCCGCGCGGCGGAGGCGGAGGAGGAGGACUUCGUGCUGGCGCUGCAGCUCCAGGAGCUGUGGGAAGCGGAGGAUAAGGCGGCGGCGGCUGCGGCAGCGGCGUGCCCUGAGGCCUCGCCGCUCCCCGAGGCCUGGCAGGCCCCCUCGCCGCUCCGCCCGCUGUCGAUGGUGGACGAGUCCUGGGAGCUGCUGGACCCCAGCCCCGACGUGCACGGCCUCUUCGUGCAGUUCAACGAGACGCUCUUCUGGGGGCGGCUGGCGGCUGUGGAGGUGUCGUGGAGCCCACGCAUGACUCUCUGUGCUGGAUUGUGUAGAUAUGAAGGAAAAAGUGGAAUGUGUUCCAUUCGUCUAAGUGAACCACUCCUAAAGUUAAGACCAAGGAAGGAUCUCGUUGAGACACUGUUGCAUGAAAUGAUCCAUGCCCUGCUUUUUGUUACUAAUAACGACAAAGAUCGUGAAUCUCAUGGACCAGAGUUCUGCAAACACAUGCGUCGCAUUAAUCGCUUGACUGGAGCCAAUGUCACAAUCUAUCAUACUUUUCAUGAUGAGGUGGAUUUGUACCGCCAGCACUGGUGGCGAUGCAAUGGCCCUUGCCAAAACAGAAAACCUUAUUUUGGAUAUGUGAAACGUUCAAUGAAUAGAGCACCCUCUGCACGAGAUUUCUGGUGGGCUGAGCAUCAAGAGACUUGUGGAGGUACAUUCACAAAAGUGAAGGAGCCAGAGAACUUUUCUAAGAAAUCCAAGGAGAAAGCCCAGCCAGCAAAACUUCCAAAUUCUGAGUCAACUAACAAAGGCAAGCCACAAACACGUGAUAUGAAAAAUCUGACACCUUUUAGUGGAAAGGGAUAUCGGCUUGGAGGAGGAGACAGUGGACUCUCAGAAAAAAGCAUAAAUUCCAGCAGCCGUGUUAGAAACACUGAAACACCUGGUUCACAGCAUCGUUCAGCAGUAAAGACAAUACCAAUCCCUAAAAAUGAGAUAAAAUUUGAAAAAUCUCCCCGUAGUGGCAUCUUCUUUCCACUCUAUGCUGACGAUGCCAGUGAGAAAAUCAACUUGGCUUCAAAGCGUGAGUUUCCUAAACCCUCUGUUGCUAAUACAAAAGCUUACAAGAAUGUUAGUGGAUCACCUGUUAAAAUUGCUCGUGUUAUGGAAGAAAAAUCAAACCAAGGCUCUGCAAAUGGCAAGAGGGUUAUGCCGUUUUAUAACAGGCCACCAAAACAAUUUUGUUUUGAGCAGACAACAGCUGAGGUUGCACGAGAGGAAAAAAGCUCAGAAUUUAUUAAUACACUGCAGAAGUGGCCAAAAAUGGAAGACAAAACUGCCUUUGAAAACUAUUUCAUUAAAAAAGGGAGUACUGAUGUCACUUCCAGUAUAAAUACACCUAUGAAAACCAAAACUGAAUCUACAGUGUCCUCUGCAAGUUCCAGCGCUACUGUAAGGCAGGAUAGAAAAGUCGGUUGUCCUGUUUGCCAGGCUGAGGUUUUGGAGUCUAAAAUAAAUGAGCACCUUGAUUCUUGUCUUGCAUAAAACCUUUCAGAAAGCUGUCUCAAAAAGAUAAACCAAGGCUGAAAACAUUGCUUGAAAACUACUUUGCUCAGGGUUUGCGUAGCUGUGGUUACUUCCCUGCGUGCCUGUUCUGAACUGGAAUGUAAGCUGCUGUCAGCAUGCUGAACAACAAGUUUUGUGGAGUUGCACGUCAGCGCUGACCAGGAAGUUUGCUGCUAGUUAUAUUCCAAAGAAUCAAACAUUCAUGUUUUAGUAGGUGGAUGUUCUUGCUGACGUUCUUGCUGCAGAACCUGAGUAAUACAAGAGAAAGUGGAUACUUGCAAACUGCAUGUUUUCAAGGCAGUUUUUAAAAUCAAGAUGUUUUCUAUCCUAUUAUUUUUUAAUUUGUUCUUAAGACCCCUUUGUGUUGUUUUUUUUAAGUGUUUUGGGCCAUUCUUAAAGUUAACCAUCUGUAAUAGGUAAGAAUCGUUCUGUUUAAUGCAAUGUAACAAAGUGGCAGGUAUUUUUAGAGUAGUAAAUAUUUUGCAUAAGCCACAAUUACACUCUCAGGUGGUCCUUCUCACCCGCGACCUUUUUGAAAACAUAGAUGAGAAUGAGAAUUUCAAAUCUGGGCUUUUGCCAAAGAUGGGAGAGGCAUAGGCAUCAAAAACAUAGCAAAGUGUCCAUUUGGAUUUAAUGGGUGGGCUGUAGCAGGAAAAGAAAGUCUAGAAGGGCAAUGAAGGUGCGAGGAAAUCAAGCACAAGACACUUGGUAGAUGAGGAGAAGGCCCUGCACUUACAGGAAUGAUUUUAAAAAAAAAAAAAAAAUCAUUUUGAGGAGCUUGUUUUCAAAAGGGAUUUAAAAGUUAGUAUACUGUUAAAAGUUGGAGUGGUCAGAUGCAACCUAAUGAACGUCUGUCUUAUGUGUCUUUUGGUCCGGGAUCCCAUCUAGACUCUCCACCCACUUUUUCUGAUGGUUUGCACAAACUCUAUGUUGAAAGUUCCCUAGUUGUCAGGAUAUAGGUAUUAUGUGCAUUAGUGACUGACCUCCGUAUGCUGAUACUAGUAAGUAGAAGUGAGGAAUAUCGGUAUAUACUGGUAAAUACUGGUAAAGGCUGUUCCUGGCUGUAUCAUAAAAGCCUUCAUGAUUUUCCAGUUAGACUUCCAGUGCUUUACAGGCCAAAAUGGCAUUAAACUGACUUAGCUGACAGUCUGUGUUUUGCUGCUCCUGGAAGCCAGCCAGCUCGGUGGUUAGUAUCCAACAAGUCAGGCAGUUGUGUACUAAAACCAUUGUGCUGUGGAAAGUUAUGAACACUGAGCAGAUGUGUUUUCUAUAGAAACUUUCUGACAUGUUAACAGUUUUCUUGCUGCACUGAAAGUAUUUAACUGGUUACACAAUUAACAGCUUGACUCCUUACUUGUAAAACCGAUUAUAAAUAUUUUUGUUAAAAAAAUAAUUGUGCUGUUUCAUAUAUUGUUGCUGUAACUUUAAAUGGCUAUAUUAGCCUCGGAUGCACAUAUGUUUGCCUUUAUAUAACCAAUUACUUGCUGCUCCCUUUUGAAAUUGGGAAAUAAACUGAUGUGCAAUGGAA